AUGAACAAAGGUGUCAAGCGGUCGCUUUUCACGAAGCCCGCAUGGGCCGCGCCUGCUACGGCAUCGUCCUCGUCCAAGACCACACUCGAAGACGAUGCCUCUGUCUUCGGCCGCAACGUAGCCUACAACGACCUCGUGCAAGCCGAGCAGGCGAAGCGGGAGCGAAAAGCAGCCAGAGCCAGACUACUACAUGCAGAAAAAGUCAGGAGUGUCAGCCCAUCGUCUACGAAGAGACGGAGGAUCUCUGUGGACCAAGAUGUUGAAGAGGGUAUAGACGGUGGAGUGAAUGGUGGGGGAAGAAGGGGCACAACUAAGAGGAAUAGAAAGAGGGAGUCAAGUGAGGAGAGCAGUUAUGAGCCAGACAGGCCGGCGACGCGCAGGACGCCUCAGAAAGACCAGACACUCCGGAAAGGGCUGGAACGACAAUCCCCUUCGCCUAAUACAAGGAGUCCUCGUUCGCUGCGGACAGGACACCGCGGCGACGAUGCUUCCGAGGUUAACGAUGCAAUUGGUCUUCACAGAUACGAGGACGAGGACGGAGACGACUUGGUGAUGUUGACUCCAGGGAAACGGAACUCCAAGCGACAUCCGCAGCAGAAGAAACAGACGUCUCCCACCAAGUCGGCAACGACAACGCGAUCUCUUCCCAUUGAAGAUGAGGACAAUGUCUCGGAUGAAGAUGAUCCAUAUCUACUCGAACUGAAACAGAAAGCACGCGAGAACAGCCGACUACAGCGACGAGACCUAGGCCAUCAGCUUGAUCCAGAACGGACACAAAGUCCGUUUGCACCCUCGUCCCAUAGUACUGCUACUGCUACUGCUAUCACGGCUGCUACGACUCCGUCCAUCAACACUACCCUCCCGAGGUCUUUGUCGUCGAUUGAGAUUCAACACAAUCAGAGUCAGAGCCAAAGCAGGCCAGUCUCCGCGAGUUCCGGGCUCACCGAUUUUGGAAGCAGAGCCGCGCCGGCGUCCGCGCCGGCGUCCGUAUCGGCAUCGGAACAAGAACGAGAAAGGGAAAAGGCAGAAGACGAUCCUCGAGUCAUGAUCCUCAUCCACUCGGACAUACCUGACACGGGUCCGCUGAUAGUCAAACGCGCCGCGUCGCAAUCACUCCGCACAGUCAGGCAAUACUGGUGCGAGAGAUGGCAACUCGACGAACCUCUCCGGAGGAAAGUCUUCUUCACAUGGCGGGGGACCAGGUUGUUCGACUCGACGACCAUGCGCGGUAUCAUCAACAAACUGAAAACCGAUCACCGGCGACAACAGAGUACUGGGUUGGACGAGAGUGAAGGAGACGGAUACGGAAGUGGAGCGGAUGAUCAUGAUCCAAGUCAUGGGAAUAUCAUGCUCGAAGCGACGACGCCGGAGAUCUAUGAGGAGAAAAUGAGGUUGAAGGAGCAGCGGCAGCAACAGCGGCAGAAUCAGAGAUUCCUGGCCGAAGAAGGAGAUCCAGAUGCUAGCCAGGAAGCGGCAGCAGCAGGUGGUUCUUCUACUUCGCAUGGUCACGACGCCGCUACUGCUGCUGCUGCUAGCAGCGCUAUUGUCAUUCGGCUGGUCAGUCGGGUUUAUGAUCCAAUGGCAUUGCGUGUAAGGCCGCAUACCACCGUUGGCAAGAUCAUGCGCGGCUACGCGGCCACGAAGAAAAUGGACGAUGGGAAGACUCCUUGGCUCAUUUUUGAUGGGGAGCGGCUUGAUGUGGAUGCUACAGUGGAACAGGUUGGAUUGGAAGACGAGGAUGAGGUCGAGGUUAGUAUUAGAUAG